AUGGUGAAGUUCUCCAAGGAACUGGAGGCGCAGCUCAUCCCGGAGUGGAAGGACGCUUUCGUCGACUACCGGCAGCUCAAGAAGCACGUUAAGAAGAUCAAGCUCACGCUCUCGCGGACGCGCCUCUCCGACGGCUGCGACCAUAUCUACCGCCGAGGCCAGGGCCGCGCCCGCGGCGGCUCUCUCCUCCUCAGUCCUCUCCACCGCCUGGUCGGCGCCAUCUCCGGAGGCCGAUCCUCCGACAACCACCAUCCCCCGGCUGGGCAGGUAACCGCGAUCGAUCUCAUCGUCUUCGUCUUCUUCUUCUUCUUCUUCUUCUUCUUCCUUCGACCAAUUUCCUGCUGCCUUGCCGGAGACGGCGCCGACUUUUCGAAGCGCCCUCCUCCUCCUCGUCUUCGGCAUUUCCUCCGGCGGGGACCACCGUUCAGGCUUUCGGUUUCUCCCCGAGGUCACGUUCCGUUUCGGGACCGUUGGUGGUGGUGGUGGUGGCUUCUCAGUCGGAUCGCCGCACUGUGCAUCUGAAAUGUCACGUCGCCGUCACCGGGGUGACGGAGGAAGAAACAGAAUUGGACGCUCUCGGAGAUUCCGUCGUGGUUCGCGCGGAUCUCCUGAGAUAUACCGGCCGAGAGUGGGGACGGAGAUGGGGCCGCAAAAAUAUGUUUAUAAUAAAUAAUAAAAUUGAGAUAUUUCCAGUUUUCUGCCAUUUUGACGAGGAUUCCUUUUGGCCGGGGACAGAGCGACGGAGAGGACCAGUACGAGGCGGAGCUGGUUCAGUCCGGGGCGGAGGAGGUGAGGGAGUUCUUCGAUCGUCUGGGGCAGGAGCUGGACAAGGUCAACAACUUCUACAGGGCCAAGGAGGCCGAGUUCGUCGAGCGGAGCGACCUGCUCAACAAGCAGCUCCAGAUCCUCUCCGACCUCAAGCACAUCCUGAAUGAGCACCGCCGCCGCCGCCGCCUCGCGUCCGGCAAGGGUGGCUUGGACUCCGUCCGCUCCUCGCCGGCCGGCGUGCUCUCGCUCCUCAACUCCCCUUACAACAUGUCUGGUAGGGAUUUUCGUCGUCGGGCAGUUUCUCACAUUUACAAGUCUAGACUUGAGCGAUGUGAUUUGAUCUGACGUAUACUUCCCUCUCGUCGUAGACUGAUCUUCGGUCGAUGGUCUAACUCUACUACCUGAUCAGAGCCGGCGAACGAGGCGGACGAAUCGCCAAUUGAGGGCUCAACGACGGACGAACUCAUCGCCGCCCUGGAGCGGAACGGCAUUACGCUCGUGCCGUCGGGGCAGGGAGGCAAGGCAAAGAAAGACGGCAAGCCGAAGGCGGCGACCAUGAGGAUCGACAUCCCGGCCACGACCCCCUCGCGGACGAUCUCCGCGGUCACCUCCAUGAUCUGGGAAGACCUCGUGAACAACCCCAAUAAAGAAGGCGCCGGCGGUGACUAUAUCAACCGAAAGAAGAUCCAGUGCGCCGAAAAGAUGAUCCGGGGGGCCUUCGUGGAGCUCUACCGGGGGCUGGGUCUUCUCAAAACGUAUAGGUACACGUCUCACUUUGUUUCGGCCAUCCACGUGAGCCAAGCUAUUCAAUACCUAACUCAUGCAUGCAAAACAUGCACGUGCCAUUAUAGGACAGGAUUUCCCGGGGAGGGAGGGGGGUUCAUUGAAUCCUGCUUAGUGAACCUUUUGCACCGCGUCUUUGUCAAAUCUUCCAGAAUCUGAAUUCUCUCUGUUUUUCUGUAUUCGGCAGCUCCUUGAACAUGCUCGCUUUCACUAAGAUACUCAAGAAGUUCGACAAGGUGCACCAUCCGUCCUUCCUCUUCCACUGUUGCUGCUUUUGUUCGCUCUUCUUUCAAUAAACAGCAUAAUUCCUCGAGCAGAUAAAUUAACUGGGGAACGACCAUGGUGUCUCCAUCUUGACCCACUAGCGUGUUCCUAUCCACGCACGUAUUUUCCGUUCCUGGGGCGUUUCUUGGUGAAGAGGAAAAGGCUACAAGGGGGAAGGGUAGUAUGAUCUCUCACAUGAGAGGCAUCGAAUCCCGGGUUCCAUUGCGUGGGACGUCGCCAGAAACCGGGUGCUUUAAGAUUUUUGUUUCUAGCUCCGCCAUUCCCUCAGAAUGACACGAGCAAACGAACUGAAAGCAAAAACAACACCUCCUCCCCGAACUGCCUAUUUCUCUUCACUUUACCUUUGUUCUUGGAUGGAAAAAUCCAUCCUUGCAUUUUAUCAACGUCUGCUACAUCACCCUGUCGGCCACAUGUUCCUCUAGAACAAGAACCUAAGAACAUACCCAUGGAAGGUUCCAUUCUCCUAUUGGCAGCAGAAUAGAGCCACAGAAUCCAACCAUCCACACACUGAUGAUAUGAUCUGGCCCCGAUACUCCAGGACCAUCGGGGAUCUGAAAGCCGACGCCGCAGGAAUGUUUCUUCCUUGUGAUCUUAUACAAUCUGUUCUCUCGUAUGCCGUUGAUCCGUUUUUUGUCUGUGUCCUCUACCCGCCGCAGGUGUCAAAGCAGCACGCUUCGGCAAGUUACUUGAAGGUGGUGAAGAGAUCCCACUUCGUCAGCUCCGACAAGGUAAAGUUGUCACUGACACGUUACUAUCAUUAAAAGGUCCUUCACAAUAGGCAUGGAAUUGGAUGAGAACCCAUGGGGUGUAGACGCAGAGGCCUCGCCGGGUUCUUGGAAACGGGUUUUCUCCCCGAGGUUCGACGUCAACGUCGCCGAGUUAGGGUUUUAGGAGGGGCCAGUUAGAGAGAGGAGAAAACCUCUCCCAAGUAGAAAAAACCUUCAGAUUCGAAGAGGGGCCGGUGAUCUCCCCGUCCCACGCUUUGCGAUCGGAGCGCAUGACAUGGUUCCAUUGCUAGACUCAUAUUAUCGUCGGAGCAUGAGAGAGAGUAAUUUAGUUGGCUACUUUCCUUUAAAGGCUGAGGUCUCUGGACGAGAUCAUCUCGUAAUCUCGCUAGAAUCUCCAGAAUUCCAUCAUCUGCGAGAAUAAAGAUCUAUCAGAGAGGAAUACUAAGCUUGUUACUCCUUUAUUACCAUGAUUGUUGCAUGUUCCACCAUUAGUGACAUCGGUGAGAGAGAGAGAGAGAGAGAAAGCUUUUAGAAGGUUAUUUUAUUGACUUUAAUGGCUUUCCCCGGGGUUCUAACCGGGUGCCAACCGGAUGGCUAACUCCGACGUAGAAGCUGGCCCAAGAAACUGUCGAUCACUUGUUCCACAUCCGGCACCAUGCUGCCACCUUUUCCUAACAAACGGUGCCCCUCUGACUCCCUUCUACUGGACGACCCUUACGAACUCUCAUUCUAUGAUACCAUUUUUAUCAUGACUGUCCUCUCUCUCUCUCUCUCAUUCUCUCUAUCCAUAUAAAUUCAUGCGCUCACGUGACCUCCGACAUUUUUGGUGGCAGAUUGUGCGGGCGGGGGAUGAGGUGGAGUCCAUCUUCACAAAGCACUUCGCUAAUGGCGACAGGAAAAGGGCCAUGAAGUUCCUCCGCCCCCACCAGCCCAAGGAUUCUCACGUGGUCACCUUCUUCGUCGGUACGUCUCUCUUCCCCGCUCUGGCACCAACUCCCCAUUUCCUCCAUCCUUCUCUUUCUCCAAUUUUACUCCGCGACCGCCAUCUUAGAUUCAGAAUCUUGUGACCCACGGCUACGAUGAAAAGAUACUAUCCCUGUUUGUGAUGAUAACAGUCAUUAACCUACUUUUCUGGAAGAUAUAACGAUAAUUAUGUGAGUGCUUUUUAAGAGUGCAAAGAUACCUCAGAACCAAUUGAUUAGAAGAUAGAAUAUGACGUAAAGUUUUCUGUAUUUGGCAAGGUUUUUUACCAUUAUAUAAAAGCCUCUAAACUGGCUGAAGAAUCGCAUACUGGCGAGAUGGAAUGGGUGAAUGAAAAUAUUUAAGCAGAGAGAGAGAGAGAGAGAGAGAGAGAGAGAGAGAGAGAGAGAGAGAGAGAGAGGAAAGCAUAAACUACAAAAUAAAUGCCAUCAAUUGAGACCGAGUACGCAAGGAGGAAUAAAUUAUAGACCAACCCUCCAGUUUCAUGUGUUUCCUCAUCAUUCUCCUGUAUUAGCCUGAGAUCUGACAUCUGAAUUCGCAUCCGGCGCAGGCUUAUUCACUGGCAGCUUUGUUACCCUCUUCUGUGUCUACGCAAUUCUGGCGCACCUGACGGGAAUCUUCUAUUCUGCGAAUUCCUCCCCUGAUCCCGGAUACGUGGAGACCGUCUACCCCGUCUUCAGGUGAUCCCUCGUCCCCUCUCAUUCUAUGUUUCUAGAAGAAAAUCGAGAGAUAGAGAGAGAGAGAGAGAGAGAGAGAGAGAGAGAGAGAGAGAGAGAGGAAAACUUGGAUUGUACAGCAUCUCGAUCCACGUCUCUUGUUUCUGAUCUGCAGCACCUUCACCCUGAUUAGUCUCCAUAUAUUCCUCUACGGCUGCAACCUGCUGGCGUGGAGGGCAACCAGAAUAAACCACAACUUCAUCUUCGAGUUCUCACCCAAGACGGCAUUGAAACACAGGGACGCCUUCCUCAUCUGCACCUGCAUCAUGACCACGGUCGUGGGGGCACUUGUGGCCCAGCUGAUCAUGCUCAAAGGUGCAGUCUUGUUGCCGCACCCCGCCCUUGCCAUUCCGGGCAUCCUCCUCUUGGUGAGAAAACUCAUCCUCCUCCCAUCAUCAAACCUCUCCUACAAUGCCAGCAAGCAGAUUAAAUCAACCCAUUAUAUCCUCUGUUCAGCUAUUCACCGGAACCCUCCUCUGCCCAUUCAACAUCUUCUACCGUUCUACCCGGUUCUGCUUACUAAGAGUCCUCCGCAACAUUGCGUUGUCGCCAUUUUACAAGGUAAGUGAUUAACUUCUUCCUCCUUGGUCGCAUCAUAAUACUCGGGCAGCACGUUGCUGACGCAGAGAAAGCCCUGAAAUGCAGGUCUUGAUGGUAGACUUCUUCAUGGCUGACCAGCUAACUAGCCAGGUGAGACCGCAAUCUCUCUCUCUCUCUCUCUAGGGAUAAUCUUUACACGAUCGUUAAAUCUUACGCCUAGCCUGUUUCAUGCAGAUCCCCCUGCUAAGGUACAUGGAGUUCACGGUGUGCUACUUCAUGGCAGGCGGCUUCAAGGCGAACCCCUACGACACUUGCACGCGCAGCCACCAAUACAAGAUGUUUGCUUACGUGAUAUCCUUCCUGCCCUACUACUGGCGCGCCAUGCAGGUGCUUACUACUACCCACGAAAACGUUAAAAAGGACCAGAUGUAAGAUGAAUCCGAGCUCUUGAGUAUGAAGCUGAGCUGACGCCGCUAUCUUUGUGUUGGCUUCUCAAGUGUAUCAGGAGGUACGUGGAGGAGGGGUACGACCUCAACCACAUGGCCAACGGCGGCAAGUACAUAUCCGCCAUGAUCGCCGCCGCGGCCAGGAUGAAGUACGCCAUAACUCCCACGCCGCUGUGGCUCGCCGCCGUCGUCAUCACCUCCACUCUGGCCACUGUCUACCAGCUGUACUGGGACUUCGUCAAGGACUGGGGCUUCUUCACCCCCGGCUCCAAGAACGCAUUUCUUAGAGACGACCUCGUGCUGAAGAACAAGAGCAUCUACUACGUAUCCAUCGUGAGUACAGAAAACCCUCUCCUCCCACGUUACAUACAUAUAUAUGUAUAUCUUACGUAGGGGUAUUUUCUUGUCUGCUGAAUCAAUACAGGGUGUGAAUUUUGUGCUGAGGCUCGCCUGGGUGGCGACCGUAUUGCAUAUCAACCUGGGGAGGGUGGAGAACCGCAUGGUCGACUUCCUCCUGGCCUCCCUCGAGAUCAUCCGCCGAGGCCACUGGAACUACUACAGGUGCCAACCUCUGACAGACUUAGACUCUCCGAUUGAAUAUACGGGUCUGCUUCCAUCGUUAUCCAUUGAUCUUUGGACUUGCCUUGUGCUCCCUAGAUUAUUGUUCGGUUGUCCAGGCAAUAGAACCCUAAAAGAAACAGCUUAUACAUGGCGUCACACACUAGAAGAUAUAGAUCAUUGGUAGCCGGUUAGCCUGCUAUAAUCAUUGAGAAGUUAGCGAGUAUCAUGGGCUUGCGCCGCUCAUUCUCAGCUGACCUCGAGUUGACCGUGUGCUCUACGGGCCAAUCAUGGGUAACCCUUGUUCACACAUAUCUCGCCUCAAAACUGAUGAGGGAUUCGUGCCAUUGCUGCCCAGGCUGGAGAACGAGCAUCUCAACAACGUGGGCAAGUUCCGGGCGGUGAAGAUGGUGCCACUGCCUUUCCGCGAUAUGGAGUAG